AACACACUUGGGCUCAUCACCACAUUCAACAACCCAACCUCAUCACACAGCGCAAUUCUACAUCAAACUCUCUAAUUCCCGACUGCCAGGCAAAAGCGCUCACCAUGUGCAUCUAUCUCCCCACACGAUGGUGGACGAAACGCCACAACAAGAAAGAUGCUGCACCUGAUGCCGAGGCUACUCUAAAAGCUGAGCCAAAGUUCACGCCACAGCAGAUUCCUCCUAUCCAGCCCACGAUUACAGUCUCCACGGCAGAAUCUAGCUCUCAAUCUUCUCAAACGGAUUUCAAGCCUUCUGGAAAGCGUGCGGAAUCAGGUGGGAGUCAGACUAAGAAGGUCCAUAUCAAACUUGCCUCAACCCAGGAAGAGCCCGCCCAGGCCGGAAACGCCAAACCUACCCCUUCAUCUGAAGAGUCAGCCGAAGAGAUUAGGAGGAAGAUCAAUAAGAGGAAGAAGAAGAAUGCCCGGUCCAAAUCUUCUACUUCUGGUUCUACACACAGCAACCAUGCCAGCAACAAUAAUUGGGGAAACAACAAUGCCAACAACAAUAUGCUAUACGCCAGUCUCUACUCCGGAGGCGACGACAGUUCUGGAUGCCGCGAUCAUAAGAGCGAGGGCCACAGUGCGGGCCACAGCAGCUACAGCGGUCACAGCGGCGGCUAUACCAGCCAUAGCAGCUCUGGUGGGGGACAUAGCAGCAGUAGCUACGGUGGUGGUUAUAGCAGCUCUGGUGGAGGUGGUAGCAGUAGCUGCGACAGUGGAGGUGGAGGAGGUGGAGGAGACGGUGGUGGUGGCGGCGGCGGCGGCGGCGACUAGGUCGUACUC